ACUUUAUCUGUGGCUUGCGACACAACGCUGAAAUUUUUAUUUACAUUGACUUUCAAAGGGCUAAAUUGCAUGGAUUGAAUUUUUAUGAAUCUGAAAAUAAUGUGAUAUUAUGCCCUGGCAACUCUAAUGGUAUCAUAGAACCUCAGUAUUUUCUGCGAGUUGAAGACAGAAACGGAAAAGUUAUUUUUUCAUAUCAAAAGAAAUUAACAAAAUCUUUACAAAUUCACUAGAUCAGAGACUUACUAUCAUUUACAUCAUGAGCUUUCAGUGUGAAGUUUGUGGUAUAAAUCUAGUUGAUAAGAACACAUAUGAAGGUCAUAUCAAGGGAAAAAAACACAUGAGACAAGUUUUGAAAUUGGAUAUGAAAGAUAGAACAGAGAAAUCAAUAUUCGUAUCAAAUAUUCCACAAUCUGUCUCACCAGAAGAAGUACAGAAUUUUUUCCAACAGUAUGGCACGAUAAGAAAAUGUAUUAUUAGACAGUGGCAUAUGAUAAUUGAAUUUACUACCAGAGAGCCUGUUGAAUUCUUAUUAAGCAAACCAAUCUGGAUGAACAAGUGUAAGCUGAAUAUUCAACGCAAAAUAUUACAUGAUAAUGGACCAAAGCCCAAGGACGCUGAAGAUAACGAGUAUAUCGACGAAUUGGCUUAUCACAAAAUUAGCAGCAUAUUUGACAUAGAAACAACAUUUGACAGUCAAUUGAUUGCAUUUCUCAAUAAAAUUCAAUUGAGUGACGUUGAUGCUGAAACUUUAUACGGAGCAAUUUGUGCAAGUCUUGAGCAGAUGUUCAAAACACAAUUCUACAAGUGCAAAGCUUAUAGGUUUGGAUCAACUGUAACUGGACUUGGUUUCAAAAAGUGUGAUUUAGAUGUAUUCAUUGAUAUUGGCCGAAACAUAAGCGAGAAUAAAGACUCAAAACUAACGCAAAAAACAGUUUUCAAAAUAGCAAAGAGUCUCCUAUAUAGAAACAAAGUAAUUUUUACAAACAUAGUGCCAAUACCCAAGGCGAAGACACCUAUUAUAAAAUGUUCUCAUAUACCAACGAAUAUUUCGUGUGACAUUUCAUUUAAGAAUGAUCUUGCUAUACACAAUAGUUAUCUUAUAAAACAUUAUCUAUCUCUUGACGAUAGAUUGAAACCAUUGAUGUUAAUUAUCAAAUAUUGGGCAAGACACCUGGAAAUAUCCGGCUCGGGUAAAAUAAGUAAUUAUGGUUUGGUCAUGUUAAUUAUAUUCUACCUGGAGCAACCACCCAUGAAUAUAAUCCCAACUGUGACGGAACUUCAAAAAUCAUGUGAGCCCCAAAUAGUCGAGGGUUGGCAAGUGAAUUUCGAGAAGAGUAAUACUUGGCCGCAGACGAGCAAUAAGAAAAGUAUACCUGAACUUCUCAACGGAUUCUUUAACUUUUACCUUGCAUUUGAUUUUCAAAAAAAUGUCGUCUGUCCAUUAGACGGAAUAGCGCACGAUAAAACUAUCUUCGCAGAUAUAACAAACAUACCAAAGGCCAUGUCAUUGUACGUCAAGUUCCUAAAUGAAACCGAUGGUACUGCAGUAUUCCGCAAUGAUAGACCUAUGUGUCUGCAAGAUCCCAUAGAAUUAACUCAUAACGUCACAGGAAAUGUACCCCAACGCAUUGUUGAACAUUUUCAAAAAACAUGCGCCGUUGCAGCUAACGUAUGCGCUACAGCGAUAAAGGAUGAUUGCAAGAAUCUCUUACCAAUGUUAUUUACGGCUAAUUACACUGUGAAGAAGGAACGUGAAUAUAGAAUAACAAUACCUUGUGGACCAUUCCUGCAUAUAGGUUUGCCAGAAGAUUUUAAUACACGAACAGACAUUGAGGACAGGGCACAAUUUAUCAGAGAAAAUUGGUACAGUGUUAUAUUUAACUUACUGAAGGAUAUUUUUGAGAAGAUUCUCAAAUUCAAAGUAGAAUUAAUAUCACAAGAUAGGGAACUGAAACAGCAGAAGGUUAAAGUCUUGUCAGAUGUGCAUUCGAAGGAUAAUGAUAAAAUUAUUUUUCAUUGCACUGGAAACAUGUGCCUCUGGCGACAGAGAAUAUGCUCCAAGCAAAUCUUGGAUCCAAGCUUGAGUGCUUUGGAUAAGGAGAUUCUAGCAACUACGGCAAUGCUUGAGAAGUUAGACACUAUUCACGUAAAGAAUAAAGAAAGAAUCGAGUUUGUGUGCAUAUUUGAAAAAAAGGUGAACCCUGUACAGAUAGAGUUAUUAGUCAUUAAUGAUAAGUGUAGCAAAAAGGUUUUUCGAGAAUUGACAACUUAUAUUAUCCAUAAAGUUCGUGUUAUUAUAAAUAAGACGCUCAUGCACAUGUUGCAGUUCAAAAAACAAUAGUUAUUGUAAAAGAUCAGAAAAAGAGCUUUACUUUGAUAUGUUACUGGGUGGAUAAGUAAUUGUUUGUUUUUGUUUGAAGACGUGUAUCCUUUUAUUUUCUUAUUGUUGCUAACAUAUACUUCAAUAGAUUUUAUUUUUCUUACGAUUCUUUUUGCUUAAAGAAACUGUUUUCGAAAAAUAAUUUAAUAAAAUAACUAUUGACAAUAACUUUUGUAGUCUUAUACGCAGUAAUUACUUAUAAUACAUGUAAUAAUGUAUAUGAUCAUAAACUCAUCUAUAUUUCAUUCUUUAAAACCGACAUAGUGAUCUUUUUACAAACUAAACAAUCAAUGUAAUUACGUGUUUAAUAAGUAAAGGAUAAGUAAAACAAUUUUCAAUAUGAAAUCUAAUGGUUAAUAUAUUUGAAAAAUCGUCCAUUGCCUAGUGACUUCAAAUAAAAGUACAGAUACAAAAAGCGAUUAUGUAAUUUUUGCAUUGAAACUUUAGAAUAUAAGUUUAUUAACUAUUAAAUA